UGCGAAAUAUCCGAGCGAGACUCUCUCUCUCUCAGCUUGCUUGAAUCUCGUCGAAGCACGCCUCUUAUUUUGCAACUAACUGAAUCCCCAUCGUCGUCAUCGUCGUCAUCGUCGUCGUCGUCGUCGUUGUCGUCGUCGUCUUUGGAAAGUGCCUGCGUAAUCUUAGUGUAGUGCAAUUCAACACUAACUGCAAUCUAUCUCUUUGGUGUAAGUGUCUUCUUGUUAAGUUUGUUGUGUAUUAUCAAAGGAGAAAAAGAGAGAGGUUCCUUUCCUGGUAUUUUCUUCUUAAGUAAUUGGAAGAAAAUGGCAGAGUGAUCCAAGUGUUUUGUCUAACUUUGUGGUAUACUUGAAUACUCGUUUGUAGAGUGUUCUUGUGUACAAUUACCUGCAAAGUUUCAUUGGGAUUUAAUUAUAUUAGAAAUAUUAAAAGAAUGCGGGGUGCUAAUCAAGAAACAGCUACACCGUACUGCCGGUGCAGAGUACUGUACCUUGGUAGUUCGGUACCUCAUGCUAGUAAAGAAGGCUUGUUGGGUGUUCAAGAACCUUUGAGAGAGUUGUACCCAGAACAAGGAGCGUUGGGUGCUCGCGGGAUAGAUUCCUGGUUGAGUGUAUGGAGCAACGGUUUAUUAUUGGAGAAUGUCGAUGAACAUCGCAAGAAGGUUACCAGGUUCUUCCCCAUAGAAGCACUUCAUUAUUGUGCCGCUGUGAGACAUGUAAAGGGUGGUAACGGGGAUUCCUCAACAACGAGAUUCCUGCCUCUCGACUCGCCUUUCGCCAGGACGCCGAGCGCCAAUCAUCCGCCGCUCUUCGCGGCCGUCUUGAGAAGAACGACCGGUAUCAAGGUCCUCGAGUGUCACGCAUUCAUUUGCAAACGUGAUAUGGCGGCCAACGCCCUAGUGAGAUGUUGUUUCCAUGCUUAUGCCGAUAGUAGUUAUGCCAAGGGGCUAGAUCCAUCAACGGGAACAACAAACGGAAUGACAACUGCAAAUCCAUCGAACAAUAGUCUCUAUCAUACUUUGGGCGGAUCUAGUACGACUCUGGAUAAUCCACAGGCUAAUCGUUUGGAUGCUACAUCGACGGACGAUCUUAGUCUUUACAAUGGUGACGAAAAUCAUAAAGUUUGGGCUAAGGGUCGUGACGAGUUGGACGGUGUUUAUCAGGAACAAGGAACAUUGAGAAGUAGUAAAGGUUCCAGGCCACGGCAAUUGGUUGCACCACCUCCGCCACCACCACCACCACCUCCACCCUCUCAACCUUUGUUGGUCGAGGAAUCGACUUCUUCUGCUGCUAGGAGAAAGACUAAUAAAAAAAUGAAAAAAUUAAAGACCCGAGCAAUGCACGAAGAUCCAAUGCAGCAGCAACAGUUGCAUCAUCAGGUACAUCAAGGAAUGUAUACUAAUGGUCAUGGCCAUCAUACUCUCGGCCAUCCAAUUAGACAACAGCAUUAUCAUCCACAUCCAUUACCGCCAAGUAGUCGAUCCGUAGCUGGAACUUUAGCCAGACCGGCACCUGUUUUAUUGGUACCAGCCGCUACAUUACCGAGGAAAGCUCAUCAACAUCAUCCCAGAGGACUGAGACCAAUCCCGGCAGCAGCACCUAUCGUUCCAGUUUAUGCUCCACUUCCAGUGGUUCCACCUCCUGUCGCAGCAGCCAUUUAUCCAAGUGGAACGUAUGGUACUGCUGGUAACAGAGGUAAAAGGCAUUCCGAAGUAGAAGGCUCGACUCUAGGUGCUUCUAGAAGAUUAGCAGCCUCCCACGCCGAUUUAACAUCGACCGAGCUGGGAAAAUCGGCUGAUAGUCCGGAAAACGAGUCACGAUUUGGUACUGGGAUCUACCGGCGGAAAGGUCACUUGAACGAACGGGCCUUUUCUUACAGCAUUCGCGCGGAACAUCGUAGCAGGAGUCACGGUAGUUUAGCUUCUUUGGGUUUCAGUGCGCAGAACGGUAACGUAUUGCCCAAAGAGGAGAAGAAGGAUCGAGAGAUAGCACAAUUGGUGGCAGGAUUAAAUUUGGAUGACAGUCCAAACGAUCGAAUUCAACCAAUACCAACUUCUAGAGCUGGACCGUAUCAUCAUCAUCAUCAACAGCAACAACAGCAACAACAACAGCAACUUCAUCCUCCACAACAACAUAUGCAACCUUUACCCAGGCCACGACCACGUUAGGUACAUCUAACUUACGUCAAUUGUAUCUCAUAUCCUUCAACGUCAAUGUUCUUGCUUCUUGUGUUUAUUUGCGAUCGAGUUACGCUAUGCAAUGAAACUGCUAUUGGACUGAAGCAACAUUCUACUCGACGUGGGCGUCUUCUUUUGUGGCAUUCGAGCGGAACGAUCUAGCAGAGGUUAUAUCAUGUUAUUUCGAAUACACAUUGCUGUUGCGCUACUGCUAGUAGAUCAAAAAUGAUUUCAAAUUCGAUCACUGCUAGAACAACUGCUAAACAAAAAGAAAAUAUUUAUCAAAAUGUAGACUGACAAUAUGAGUAAGUUGUUAUUCCUAUAAAGAAUAACGCAUGAUCCAUUUACAUUGGCAAGAUCCUGUUUUUAAUCUUCAAAUGACAUGGCAAUUUUUAGCUUCUUCCGAGACUAGUAAGAACUAAUUAGACGAGCCUAGAUAAUUAUUGUCAAUUUUACAACGUAGACGGAUCACUCUGUUGGUUUAAGCUCGUUAGAUGAAUGCACAUGAGCAGCAUAUAAGAGCUGGCCUACCUCAUAACGUUUCCUUUGAGAAAUCGUCUCUGUUGUUUUAUGCUCGCUAUAGUUAUCAUCAUAUAUCAAAUUAUUUUAUUACAUAUGAAUCUUAUAUACACACACAAACAUUUAUACAUAGAAGACACACGCA